AUGUCUCUCAACGCAACACGGUCACUGCUACGCUCGCGACUGGCGGUCCGUACAAGCUAUGUCUGCCCACGAUGUCGAACAUACGCAACUCCAAUACCGCCCGCUCCACCUCUCCUCCUCAAGCUCAAGGGAGACCUCAAGACCGCAAUGAAAGCAAAGGACACGAACCGUCUCAAUGUCCUAAGAACCAUUCUCGCUGAAGUGACAAACUCAGCAAAGAGUCCCAACCCCAUCAAGUCAGACAUGCAACUGCUGUCAUUACUACGGAAGCGUGCCGCGGCGGCGAAGAAUGCUGGGGAUGAGUUCAAGGCUGCAGGGCGGGAAGAUCUGGUAGAAAAGGAGGAGCAACAGGCGGCUGUGAUGGAAGAGUACGCAGGCAGCGUGGAAACCUUGUCUGAAGACGAUACCAAAGCAGCGAUUCGCGGCGUUGUCGACGGUGCCGAAGGGGAUAAGCCGAACAUGGGAGUGGUUCUGAAGACGUUGCUGGGACCGGGAGGAAGCUUAGAAGGCAAGCCAGUGGAUCGUGCGGUGGUCGCCAGACUCGUGAAGCAGGUGAUCAAUGGAGAGUCAUGA